UUUUUUUUCCUGGCUCGCAUAUUCUCCUCGCAUUUACGCUUUUCUAGCCUUUUUGGCCACCGUUCGUUCGACCCUUCAGAAUUCUUUUCUUACGCAUAAGCAUAGGUUCUUGCCAUUCGUUAUAUUAACAAAGCAUUCGUCUCUGUUUCCUUCUCUUAUUCCCUUGUUGAAGCCCGGGUGCAUCUUACGCCACAUCCAAAGAGACUUAUUAGAAUCAUGACUUAGGGCAUGACGUUUUCCUCCUCGGAAUAUACGAACCUAUAUUCUUAAUAGUAAUCGCCUUCGCUCGCUGCUUUCUACUCACGAUACAUGUCCUUCAUUGCCGCGCCGUUUGUGGUGACGCCCUAAUCUUUAAUCGAGAUGGCGAAAAUCCUCGACGUCUCACCCGUCGGGUGGGAUGGGAUGAAGAAUCACUGGUGGCAGUUUGUCCUGAUCGGCAUUCUGUUGGCAAGUGUCACAUGUGGGUGUCUCUAUCUCACAUACUCUGGAUUCAAUAGAUUUACCAAAUGGUACAAGUCGCGACCUCGCAAGGAGGUGGUACCUGCCAAUGUAGUCCAACAGUUGGACAAGCUCGCGAAUCAACAGCUUGCUCUUACUACUGCGCACUAUAAAGAGAAGCCCAAGGAGAAGCCAUCUUCUGUGGGAGUCUACCUGGGGUCAUUCACUACUCCCCUAGACGAGACUCACCGUCAACUGCUGGAACGCUGGGAUCUCAUCAUCGUCGAUCCACUCAAGCCCGGCGUGGUACCUGCAAUCACCCAAGUGCGAGGCAAGCAGUUCCUUGGUAGACUUGAUCUUACCCUGCUUCUCAGUCAAGAAACGACUUCAACCGCCAUCGGGAAGAUCGGCAAUGUCUUGGCUGGCAGCUUCCGCGAAACGGCCUUCGAUGGUGUUCUGCUUGCCAAUUGGGAAGACAAGUUCUCCUCGACGGUACUUGCGAGAUUGUGUGGGACGAUUAGCGACCUUGGCCUGGCCGUCUACCUGGAGACUGCUCCCCCCAAAUUUCUCCAAGACCCUGAUAUCUUGCAAGCGACUGCUAUUUCCGGUCUGGUCAUCAAGAAUGCGAGUAUUCUUCCCGAUGGCCAGAAGCGUGAUUACUUUCAACUCGAAAAACUACGUCCGACGAUCAAGGCGUUCGUCUCCGAGGCGUGCAUGCGUGAUUUCUUGGUAAUAGCCUGGGAGACCAUUGACGACAAUGCAUCGCUCUCCAACGCGGUUAUCCAAAGAUCAAUGCAGUGGUGCAAUUUCUACAGCGCAAUCCCAUGGAUUGGUCGCGCGUCCGCUCUCGAGAACGCUGCCCUGAAUGUCAAAAUAUUGGAGCCUCUUUCCUCCUUCACAUGGUUAAAAGAUGCCGACAUCAUGAAGGCUCAUGAUCGCUGGCGCACAAAUCUUCACAUUGAACGCCAGUCUGUCCAGAAUGGUUCCUGGGACUCUUUGAUUCCCUUUUUCCCGACCUUGGAGAGCCUUCUCUCAUCAUCGGAAUACGAGGCGCAACUCAUCGUCAGGUCAACCGGGUCUCUGCGCGAACCUCCAGAAUGGGUUGCUCAGGUUAAGUCGCAAGGUAGCCCGUUAUCGAUCUCCAUGGCCGGCGCUGAAUUCAAGGAGCUAGGAUGCUUUCCUCUCGGCUCAGAAGCGACGCCUUUGGCCUUUGCCGAAAUCCUGCAGUCCCAGCAGCGACUCAAGUCGCACAGCUUGCUUCACCCUGUUCCUACAACUAAGCUACAGAGCAUGGGUCUUCUCCUUAGACAGUUCCAUGAUAGUUUGAACUGCUUGGAUUGGAGCCCCUCUGAACAGCUUGCAGUAGCAAUCAAGCAGCUGGCGUCGUUCGCCUCCUCCGAUCAAUUGCGAGUAUAUCUUGGAUUGGAUUCUGGUUUACGCAAAAGUACGGAUGUCCGGUUUUGGGGUGUCUAUCAGAUGGAUGCAGAUGGGAUUGAUGUGUUUCUCUCCAAAAAUGCGCAAGGUCUGACGGGUACUGUGUUGCACACAUUUCUGUCGGCAAGAGGCUUCCCACGGCAUCUUUGCUUCGAGGCUGAAACCGCUUUAGCGCAAUGGUCAAAAGAUUGUGUCGAGGCAGUCGGCUUACCGCGUCGCAUUGUACAGGAUAUUGACGCCUUGAGUCCUGAAGAGCGACUCCUCUUGUUGCAACAUCUUUCCUUGACUGACGCAGCAAGCUCGAUGUCGGAGGAGAUUUGCGCCUAUAUACGCAGACAGCUUAUAGAUAUGCCUUCGCUCGCCCAGCUCAAGGAGCUGAACACCACUGCCUAUCUCGAGGGAUUGGCUACCCCGGAAAUGGUGGUAGAUACCCGUAUCACCUGGUACAAGGGGCAGGGCUGUCAGUUUCCAUCGCCGUCACUCUGUCUCGCCUUGUUUAAGGAAGCCGAAUCUGUCCUCAACAACAUCCUUCGAGAGCGAAGAGAGCAUGACCUUGCUCAGAUCUCUCAGGCCCUGUGCCAACUUGUGCAGAACUCCUCCAUCGAUGCUUAUACUGACAUGAUGACUCUCGCUCUGUUUUGUGCGGCAAGAAAGGGUGCGUUGGACGAGAUUUACACCGAGGUCACUGACCGAAAUCCGCUUUUCAACAACCAGUCCGACCAGGCAGCUGCCUUCGCCGAGUCCUUCGCCCUUGGCUCGCGUUGUGAAGCUUACUUCGACCUGGUGCCCAGUGCUUUCGGAAAGUUGCUGUCCAACCGAUUCCGCAAGAGUUAUACAAACGACAAGCUGCCUAACUGGAUCAAUGGUGCUCCUGAUAUGGCUACAUCGUACGCUGGUGCACAGAUUGAUGUGAAUCCCGCCGAUAAGGUCAAGCCUAUGCGUGGCUAUCAACGAUUCACGUUUCUGAGUGUCUUCGCUUUCCCGGCGCUGAUCGAUAUUAUCUUGCUUACCAUUAUUGGGCGAGGCCUCUAUCUUUCUGCUUUCAUGACCUAUGCCGAGCAACAGAGUGCUACCAUCGCCUUGAUGAUUUCUUUGUUGUUGUCUGGUGCCAUCGGGACGUGGAUCGCAUGUGGGGGUCCCUAUUAUUUGAUCUCAAUGGCCUUCGCUGCUGCAAAUAUGUUUGUCCUGAUUCGACUGAUUGCUGGAGUUGCGUUCACGGUUGCUGGAGGUCUCAUUGGAUUCAUUGCGAUCUCUGCCACGGAGAGCGCACGGGCUGGAAUCAUUUUUUACCUGUAUCUGAUUGCCUUGACGAUUUACUUCUCGUCCUUUGCCUCCCUCGCCAGUUUCAGCUAUCCCGGGUCGACUUUCCUCUCAGGUCGCAAAAUCAUCUUUGCCUGCGUUCCCAUCCUCUUCAUCUCGCCCAUUGUGACGACUUUCACUGGCCAUGAUUCAGCCAUCUACCUUGCAGUCAUUUAUGUCUUCAUCAUUGUCCUGCUCAUUGGUCUCCGGUCUAUUGCCUCUAAGUGGGUCACUUGGUACCAGAGCUUGAGAAGGACAGAUGACACAGAAAUCCGCAAGUGGUAUAUUGCUACCUAUGGUAACGGUGACGAGAAGGUCUUUGGAACCCUCAGCGAUCCGGCCGUGUUGAAGCUGUCUAGAGAAGCGCUUCUGAAGGAUGUGAUGGCGGAGAAAAACCGUCGCUUCUAUCAGAAGUCCACAACAGACACUCUGGUUCUUGAAUUAGCCAGGGACUGGGAUGCCACCAACUUUCUCCUGGAUUGGUACUGCAGGUACGCUGACGUACCCAGGCCCAUUCCGUUCAGCUCGUCCUGGAACAUCCAAACCAAAGUCGGCUUGGAUGUGCUCAGGAACUCACAGAAGGGUAUCCGGUUGCACAAUGCUUUCAUUCAAUGGCGGCAAUCGAGCAGGGAAAUUGGCUGUGGUGUUCUAUACUUUGUCGUGGCUCUUCUGGAUAAAUGGGUGCAACUUCUCUCUGGCGGGCACGGCGUGGGCCUUUUGUCUGCUGCGGAUAACGAAUCCCAGAGAAUGGCCGUAGGAUUCGGCUUGGCUUAUUACCUCAUUGGAGCUGUUCUGAUCGAUACCAAGGCUCAAGAACUGCAUGAUCUUGUUGGUCAGCAAACAGCUGUGGCUGUGCCCAUGUCGAAGGACAUCCGCGCGACGCAGAAGCGGGAUGUACGAUUCAAGAGGAAGAUCUACUGGAGAACGCUUUUCAAAUUCCUUAUGUGGCAUGUGUGGAGUCUUGCACUUGCGACAGCUCUUCUGUGGACAUUCCAGUCUACUGUUCAAGCCAUGAUUAUGUUCUGCGCCUAUGUCUUGGCUUAUACUGGAUUGCUCUGGUACCAAUACACCAAGAUCUUCUCCGGCCCUCAUGCUUUCAAGACCCUUCUUCUCGGAUGUGCUGUUGGCUUACCGGUGGGAAUCGCCCUCAGGGUCUGCCUGCCGCACUUCCUUUAUUCCCAGGUCAUUGGGCUGGGCUCAGCUACUUGGACAGUUGCCUUCCUCUCGCUUUUCUCGGCGAAAAUGGGGAUGCCCAAGAAAGUUGACUCACCUGUUGAAUUGGGCAAGACAUUCCAUGCAUACACGGCUCCGUGGUCCGACCCUGAGUGGUCACAGCAAGAGCUGCAAACCUUCUACGAAAGACUGGCACAGAUUCCAUCGGACGCGCGCUUGAAGCUAGGGCCCCAGAACCACCCUGGUGUCGAAGUCAGGGAAAUUCUGCUCUCCCGCCGAAAGGAGCCUAGAAUCGAGGAGGCUUUUCCAAGGGCAGAGGAGUUAAUCAAUCGAGCCCUUGCAGCGUGGGAAAAGGGAGAAAUCACGGUGGAGCUUGUUCCAUCGGGAUCGCUCGGCCCUGGCAUUCAUGCUCUCAGCUGCAGCACAGCGACACACCUGGGAAUCGCCAUUGGUGUUGGACGUGGACUGGACCAGCGCAUUGACGUUAGUGCCAAUUGUCAAGUCAUUGCUGAAACACUGAUUCAUGCCGUCGCCGAAUCAAUGCUGCACAUCCCCCACGAGUAUGCUAUUCUUUCUGAGUCUCUUGUCACGGCAGGGGUGACCGAGACCAUGGCUCGCCAACUGCGAGCAGAGCCCAAUACCGCAGUCGUUAUCCGGUGGGCCAAGAAAGAACUUCUCAAACACUUGUGUCUUGGCUUUGAAUGCAAUGCCCACUGGGAGAAGCUGCCUAAAGACAUUAGAAACUCUCUGCUGAACCGUUGCCUGGGCCAGCAUUCGCAGCUCUCAACCGAAGAUCAGAGAUGGCUCGAGGAACGCCUCUGCCGGUUCGACACAGAUGAUCUUGACGUUCAUGUAGCGCGCUGCAAUCUUGGUGCCGCUACUGCUGUCAGCAUCCUAGACUAUGCACACUACGGCACGGGCGAAGCUGUUGUCUUCCAGGAUCCAGAAACCCCGGACUACAUCCCUUAUGUCUCCAGGAAGCUCCCCGCGAUCGUUCAUGUCUUUGCGAAGCCCUGGUAUGCCUUCUAUUAUUCACUGGCGGCAAUAAUCAAGUUCAUUGUCGUUGCUCUCGUCGCGGACCCUGAAUUCCAACGAGAGUUUGACCAUGUCAUCAGCCGUCGUCAUGCUAUCAUCCGUAUACCAGCCACCCUGGUAUUGAACUCGCUUUGGUCAUAUUCCAGGGCUGUGCAGAAUUUGGGGCUUUCGUUCUUUUUGUUCCACGGUCGCAGCAACGUAAAGCAGCUCUGGAAUGAAACUAAAGGAAUGACCAUCAGCAUUAAGAAGAGUCGCUUUGUUAUCCAAAGUUUGGAUGGAACAUUCUCUGCCUUCAAGCAUGACGAAGCUGAUGGAGGGUUCAAAAUCUACUACUACGCUGGACAACACAAGACUGAACCAGAAGGCACGAAGAGUCUUAGCUAUCUCUGCGUCUAUUCCAAGGAUAUGUUGCUCAUGGUGAGGCAGGAAUUCAAGGGCGGAAAGGUGAUCAACGAGUAUCACUAUGAUUACCGUGCUCCAUCCAAGAAGGGAUUCUCCUUGUCCAAGCUGUCCUCUGCCAAAAUCCCAUUGGGCCGUCGCUGUGUGCGCGGAGAGAAUCACCUUCAGAGUGUGCAAUACAACAAGAAGGGUCUCAUCGAAGCAGGGUCCUACAUGAAGGAUGGUAACCUCAUUCGUUUCAAGUACCAUUAUCGCAAGAAUCCACGUUUCGGAGACGAGUUACUUCGAGCGGAGUUCGCUCUCUCGCAUAUAACCUGUACAGUCUCAUGGUGUGCGCCACCUCUGCGUCAUCCCCAGAAGAUCGAUCGCUGGAUCCCUCAUUCCAAGGUUACUGAGGCGUCGUUCGUUCAGGGAGCAGACGUCUACGAAUCUCGCUGGCUUUACGACCACAAGUUCCAUCCCACAAUUUUCACCACUCUGAACGGGCAAAAGAUACAGACACCGCCAAUGAUCGAGCAUGACUACCUCGCUGUGCUUGCCAAACCCCGGUACACCAGCUUCGUGCACGACAACCCUCUCGUGUACUGCGACCGCCUAAGCUCAAGUAUCUUCACGCGGUUCUUUGGCUUGACAACGAAGCGCUUCCCAGUGUCCACUUCGCGCGCUCGCUCGCUGAUCUGGAAGGCUUGGAAAGACCGUGUCGACUUCGAUGGCAUCAUUGUUCGGUGGAUGGAUGAACGACUCUUGAGAAGAGACAAGACGCUUACUCCUUAUUGGCGCAGUAGAGACCGCGGUGAUCUUACUGCGGCCAAGAAGUAUUUGGACCUGCGCGCCGAUACAAUCACGGCCAGUGCCGAUCUGGACGACAACAUCUCCAGCUGGACUCCAUUGGCUGUCAAAAUCAGUGAUUUGUUCAACUUUGGGCCAGGCGGCGAUGCUGUUGUCAAUACGAGAUCCAAGGACUUCGGCUCUGAUACCGAGAAGUCACUGCACGUUAUGGCUGCCGAUACUGGUACUUGGCCGAACGAAGGAGGCGGUGUUUCUGCUUGUCGCCGUGAUAUGAUCAACUCCCUGCGAACAAUUAAGUGGCAUAUGAUUUGCGAAUCUGCAAACGACUUUGGGGUUCCCAAGCAUCAGACCGAACAAAACAUUCUUUCGCUCAAGGUGGUCCCUCUGUGGGGUCUGGACUUCCUCACGCCCACGCAUGGUCUAUUCAAGAACAAGCUCGAUGCCGAAGUGGAGAACGUUACUUCCGCUAGCGAGAUGGAUAUCAAGAUGAACUUCAUUCCUAUCCUGACGGCUUUGGUCAAGGGAGCCCGUGCUGUGCACCUCUCCAAGGCUGAUGUCCAGCAAGCAACUCGGGCCUUGGUGAAUCUCAAUACCUACUUCCAAGACUCACGUCAUUGGACCCAAAUCUGGGACAGUGAGAUCGUCAAAGAGAGCUGGCGCGAUCUCUGGCUGACUCAAGAAAUGCCGAACGCAACUCCCUCGUCAGAAUGGUAUGAAACUGAGCUUCCCACAUUGGGAUCUCUUGACAUCGCGCUUGAGCUCUGGUAUCGCUACUUGUUCAUUUUCUCCAUCCCGAUUCCUGAGAAGAUCCCCAAUGUAUUCCAGGCAUCACACCACAGUGUGAGCGCUUCGUACGGAGUUGUCUGCAAGAUCAAGAGAAACUGUACAUUGCAAAUCUGGGACCAUGCCAUCAGCUGGCGCGAGACAAACCUCUGCCUUUCUUCUGCCCUCUGCAAGCUCUCACCUUUUGUCCGCAACGCUCUUCUGGGCUUGAUGCGAGUCACGUCGGUCCUCACUUUGCACCACGCCGAUAUCAUUCUGCCAUGCGCCGACUUCUUCAACCCAGGCUGGGAAGUCGAGAUCGGUACCUGCCAAGGCACCAUUGAGCAUCGCAAUGUCUUCCGCCGGAAGGUCGAUCCCGUCGUCAACGGAAUUACCGACAUGCAGAAGUUCGCCCCAGUCAAGGAAAUCAAAUCGCAGCGUCCUACAGUCACUAUGCUGUCGCACGUUUGGUAUGCCAAGGAUAUCAAGACAGCGCUUCUUGCGGCAGACAUCAUCAUCAACCAAUGGAAGUUUGAUGACUACCAUCUCGACAUUUAUGGAGCCAUCGACAAAGCCCCAACGUACUCCACGGAAUGUCAAGAGAUCAUCGCUUCCAAGGGACUUCGUGGCCGCGUCACUCUGCGCGGUAGCGCUGACCCCAUGAAAGUGCUCGAGAAUACAUGGCUUUUUUUGAACUCGUCUCUGUCCGAAGGUCUGCCGCUGGCGCUCGGAGAGGCUGCUCUGACUGGUGCCCCUGUUGUCUGUACCGAUGUCGGAGCAUCCCUGCGUGUGUUGAGUGAUCCUGAUGACUUCUCCCGCUUCAGUGCUGUCGUUGCACCAAACGAUGCCUUGGCUCUUGCUCGAGCACAGAUUACCAUGCUCGGACUUCUUGGGGAAUGGAGUAAAUAUGCUGAUGAUACUGAAGCCCCUCCUGUCUUGACAUCUUCGCCUACCCCCGAAGAUGUCGCCAAGAUCACCCGUCGCAUGUACGAAAAGAGCGAACAUCGCCGCAAGCUGGGUAUGAUGACUCGCAAGAUUGUGCAGAAGUCCUUCAGUGGUGACCGGUAUCUGCGCGAGCAUGAGCAGAUGCUCUGGAUUGGAAAGUCGGCCAAGAUCAUGGCCAAUCGCCCGGCCGCCAAUCUCAGCGAGCCCGCGGAUGUGGCCACUGCUCUGCAGCAGACUUUGACCAUUGACGAAGAGGUUAUCACCAUCCCACGCAGCGCUGUCAACUCGUGGCGCUCGUCCGCUACGUCGGGCAUGUCAAGCUUUUACAGCUCCGUGUCCAACUUCCCUAUGCUGAGCGCAAAUCAGCGCCCGUCAUCCAUGCGGUCCAGCCUGAGCAAUGCUUCCACCGAUGCUAGCUCGUUCCUCCCUCUCCCCAGCAAUGCCUCUCUGCCUGUCUUUGCUCCCCGGCAAACUCUGUCGUGGUCCGGACUUACGGGCAAGUCGAACAACGGUCACCUUUCCCCGACGGGCCGGCUUUCCCCAGUUCUUAACCGCAGCGGACACCGCUCCCGCACGCACUCAUUAUCUACGGCUGGCCGGGAGCAACUGCGUGGCCUCCAACGUGAGGACCUACGGCAGUACCGUAACUCGGAUGUGAGCUUGGUCAUGCGAGACGAGUUUCUUCAAUCCAGCUAUUUCCGUGGUCUCGACGGUGGCAACAAUGUCUGAUUUGGUUCCAUCCCACUUGUUUAUCACCGCUGCACCUCGAGCCUAUACCCCUCUCGCCUCUGGCUCGAUGCACGUACCUCUAUUUGUCCAUAUUUGUCAAUUUUCAUCCUAUGAAUAUCCCUGUUGAAUGUACAUAUGGUAGCCACAUGAUUCUUGUUUUCUUGCAUUGCAUAGCUUCGUCCUUAUCACCCAUACACAUUUCUCUCUUUUUUUGGAGAUGAUGUUGCGAUUUGACCAUACUCAGAUAUGCUCGCUCCAAACCUUCAGCUCAUGGUUGCAUAAAAGGCCGUGGGGAACUGGAAAUCCUAUUGGCGGAGCCGCGGCCUGUCCUUGAUAGACCAAGAUUUACUUUUAGUCCAUCCAACGCAUUCCCACUGAUUGAAUUCUUUGAAGCCACC